AUGGGAACGCGUCACCUCAUCUGCAUCUUCUACAAGGGCAAGUGGGUGGUAGCCCAGUACGGCCAGUGGGACGGCUACCCCGAGGGCCAGGGCUUCAAGCUCUUCCGCUUCCUCUGUGUCGCCCACAACAUCGAGAACCUCAAGGUGGGGCUAGCUCACAUUUACGAGCCCGCUGAGUCCGAACUCGAUGCCAUCAACCGGGAGAUUGAGGACUGGGAGGAGAAUGCGCAUCAAGAGAUGAUGGCAAACAGAAUGUGUGAGAAAAAUUUCCCGUUCCCAAGCCUCUCUCGAGACACUUGUGCCAAGAUCCUGAGCCUAAUUGCCGACCUGGGAAGGGACGAUGGCUCCGAGGCCGAGAGCGCCGAAGCCGGGCAGGCGGAGCCCGAGAAGAAGAAGCUUCCAAUCCAGCUGAGCCUGGAGUUCGCGAACGACGCUCUGUUCUGCGAGUGGGUCUACGUCGUCGACCUCGACACGGAGGUGCUCGAGGUCUACGGCGGCGGCGAGAGGAAGCACGAGGGCCACCGCUUCAAGGACGUCGGGGCCGAGAAUGCGGCGGUACCCCGGUUUUGGUGCUCCAUCCCCUUCAAGGAUCUCUACUUGAUGAGCUCCGAGUCGGAGUUCCUGGACCGGGUCAUGGCGGGCAAACCCGUGGAAGAGGACGAGGAUGAGGAUGGCGUCGAAGUUGCGGAAGGGGAGGAUAAGGGGAGUUAG